AUGAGUUCCGACGCUGAGAUGGCUGCUUUUGGGGAGGCUGCUCCUUACCUCCGAAAGUCUGAAAAGGAGCGAAUAGAGGCCCAGAAUAAGCCCUUUGAUGCCAAGAACUCUGUCUUUGUGGUGGAUGCUAAGGAAUCUUAUGUGAAAAGUACAGUUCAGAGCAGGGAGUCAGGGAAGGUGACAGUGAAGACGGAAGCUGGAGCUACUGUCACAGUUAAGGAGGACCAAGUCUUCUCCAUGAACCCUCCCAAAUACGACAAGAUCGAGGACAUGGCCAUGAUGACCCACCUGCACGAGCCCGCUGUGCUGUACAACCUCAAAGAGCGCUACGCAGCCUGGAUGAUCUACACCUACUCGGGCCUCUUCUGUGUCACCGUCAACCCCUACAAGUGGCUGCCGGUCUACAACCCCGAGGUGGUGGCCGCCUACAGAGGCAAGAAGCGCCAGGAGGCUCCGCCCCACAUCUUCUCCAUCUCUGACAAUGCCUAUCAGUUCAUGCUGACGGAUCGUGAGAACCAGUCAAUCCUGAUUACUGGAGAAUCUGGUGCAGGGAAGACUGUGAACACCAAACGUGUCAUCCAGUACUUUGCAACAAUUGCAGUUACUGGAGAGAAGAAGAAGGAUGAAGCUCCUUCAGGCAAAAUGCAGGGGACACUUGAAGAUCAAAUCAUCAGCGCCAACCCCCUACUGGAGGCCUUUGGCAACGCCAAGACUGUGAGGAAUGACAACUCCUCCCGCUUUGGUAAAUUCAUCAGGAUCCAUUUUGGUGCCACAGGCAAACUAGCUUCUGCUGAUAUUGAAACAUAUCUGCUAGAGAAGUCCCGGGUUACUUUCCAGCUAAAGGCUGAAAGAAGCUACCACAUAUUUUACCAAAUCAUGUCUAAUAAGAAACCAGAGCUUAUUGAAAUGCUUCUGAUCACCACCAAUCCUUAUGACUUUGCCUUUGUCAGUCAAGGUGAAAUCACAGUGCCCAGCAUUGAUGAUCAGGAAGAGCUGAUGGCCACAGAUAGUGCUGUGGACAUCCUGGGUUUCAGCUCUGAUGAAAAGGUGGCCAUCUAUAAGCUCACGGGGGCUGUCAUGCACUACGGGAACAUGAAAUUCAAGCAAAAACAAAGGGAGGAGCAAGCGGAGCCGGAUGGCACUGAAGUUGCUGACAAGGCUGCCUACUUGACAAGUCUGAAUUCUGCUGACCUGCUCAAAGCCCUCUGCUACCCCAGGGUCAAGGUUGGCAAUGAGUAUGUCACCAAAGGCCAGACUGUACAGCAGGUGUACAACUCGGUGGGUGCUCUGGCCAAAGCCAUCUAUGAGAAGAUGUUCCUGUGGAUGGUCACCCGCAUCAACCAGCAGCUGGACACCAAGCAGCCCAGGCAGUACUUCAUCGGUGUCUUAGACAUCGCUGGUUUUGAGAUCUUCGAUUUCAACAGCCUGGAGCAGCUGUGCAUCAACUUUACCAAUGAGAAACUGCAACAGUUUUUCAACCACCACAUGUUCGUGCUGGAGCAGGAGGAGUACAAGAAGGAAGGCAUCGAGUGGGAGUUCAUCGACUUCGGGAUGGACCUGGCUGCCUGCAUCGAGCUCAUUGAGAAGCCCAAGCCUGCCAAAGGCAAGGCUGAGGCCCACUUCUCGCUGGUGCACUACGCUGGCACCGUGGACUACAACAUCGCCGGCUGGCUUGACAAGAACAAGGACCCCCUGAACGAGACCGUGGUGGGGCUGUACCAGAAGUCCGGACUGAAGACUCUGGCCUUCCUCUUUGCUGGAGGACAAGCUGCUGAAGCAGAAAGUGGUGGUGGUGGAAAGAAAGGUGCCAAGAAGAAGGGCUCUUCUUUCCAGACAGUGUCAGCUCUUUUCAGGGAGAAUUUGAAUAAGCUGAUGACCAACUUGAGGAGCACUCACCCCCACUUUGUACGCUGCCUCAUCCCCAAUGAAACCAAAACUCCUGGGGCCAUGGAGCAUGAGCUGGUGCUGCACCAGCUGCGGUGUAACGGGGUGCUGGAAGGCAUCCGCAUCUGCAGGAAGGGCUUCCCCAGCAGGAUCCUGUAUGCGGACUUCAAACAGAGAUACAAGGUUCUAAAUGCAAGUGCUAUCCCAGAAGGUCAAUUCAUUGACAGCAAGAAGGCUUCUGAGAAGCUUCUAGGGUCCAUUGACAUUGACCACACCCAGUACAAAUUUGGUCAUACUAAGGUUUUCUUUAAAGCUGGCUUAUUGGGAACUCUAGAGGAGAUGCGAGAUGAAAAGCUGGCUCAACUCAUCACACGCACUCAAGCCAUGUGCAGAGGGUACCUGAUGAGGGUGGAAUUCAAGAAAAUGAUGGAGAGGAGGGAGUCCAUCUUCUGCAUCCAGUACAAUGUCCGUGCCUUUAUGAAUGUCAAGCACUGGCCUUGGAUGAAGCUGUAUUUCAAGAUCAAGCCCCUCCUUAAGAGUGCAGAGACAGAGAAGGAGAUGGCCAACAUGAAGGAAGAUUUUGAGAAGACCAAAGAAGAGCUGGCUAAGUCAGAAGCAAAAAGGAAAGAACUUGAAGAAAAAAUGGUUGCUCUGAUGCAAGAAAAAAAUGACUUACAGCUCCAAGUUCAAUCUGAAGCAGAUGGCCUGGCUGAUGCAGAAGAAAGAUGUGACCAGUUGAUUAAAACCAAAAUCCAGCUAGAGGCCAAAAUCAAAGAACUAACUGAGAGAGCUGAGGACGAGGAGGAGAUCAAUGCGGAGCUGACAGCCAAGAAGAGGAAACUGGAGGAUGAAUGUUCGGAACUGAAGAAAGACAUCGACGACCUUGAGCUGACACUAGCCAAGGUGGAGAAGGAGAAGCAUGCCACCGAGAACAAGGUGAAAAACCUCACUGAGGAGAUGGCAGGCCUGGAUGAAAACAUCGCAAAACUGACCAAGGAGAAGAAGGCCCUCCAAGAGGCCCACCAGCAGACCCUGGAUGACCUUCAGGCAGAAGAGGACAAAGUCAACACCCUGACCAAAUCUAAAACCAAGCUAGAGCAGCAAGUGGAUGAUCUUGAAGGAUCUCUGGAACAAGAAAAGAAACUUCGCAUGGACUUAGAAAGAGCCAAGAGGAAACUGGAGGGAGACCUAAAACUGGCUCAAGAAUCCACAAUGGAUAUAGAAAAUGACAAGCAGCAGCUGGAUGAGAAACUUAAAAAGAAAGAGUUUGAAAUGAGCAAUCUGCAAAGCAAGAUUGAAGACGAACAGGCUCUUGGGAUGCAGCUGCAGAAGAAGAUCAAGGAGUUACAGGCCCGCAUUGAGGAGCUGGAGGAGGAAAUCGAGGCAGAGCGUGCCUCCAGGGCCAAAGCAGAGAAGCAGCGCUCUGACCUCUCCCGGGAACUGGAGGAGAUCAGCGAGCGGCUGGAAGAGGCUGGCGGGGCCACAUCAGCCCAGAUUGAGAUGAACAAGAAGCGGGAGGCCGAGUUCCAGAAGAUGCGCCGGGACCUGGAGGAGGCCACCCUGCAGCACGAAGCCACGGCAGCAGCGCUGCGGAAGAAGCACGCGGACAGCGUGGCCGAGCUCGGGGAGCAGAUCGACAACCUGCAGAGGGUCAAGCAGAAGCUGGAGAAGGAGAAGAGCGAGCUGAAAAUGGAGAUUGAUGAUCUUGCGAGCAACAUGGAGACUGUCUCUAAAGCCAAGGGAAACCUUGAGAAAAUGUGCCGCACCCUGGAGGACCAGCUUAGCGAAGUGAAAACAAAGGAAGAGGAGCAACAACGCCUAAUCAAUGAGUUGUCAACCCAGAAGGCCAGGUUGCACACAGAGUCAGGAGAAUAUUCACGACAGAUAGAUGAGAAAGAUGCUCUGGUUUCUCAGCUAUCCCGAGGCAAACAAGCAUUUACACAGCAGAUUGAAGAACUAAAAAGGCAGCUAGAAGAGGAGACUAAGGCCAAGAACGCCCUGGCUCACGCCCUGCAGUCAGCUCGCCACGACUGUGACCUGCUCAGGGAACAGUAUGAGGAGGAGCAGGAAGCCAAGGCUGAGUUGCAGAGGGCCAUGUCCAAGGCCAACAGCGAGGUCGCCCAGUGGAGGACCAAGUACGAGACGGACGCUAUCCAGCGCACGGAAGAGUUGGAGGAGGCCAAGAAAAAGCUGGCCCAGCGUCUGCAGGAUGCUGAGGAGCACGUAGAGGCUGUGAACGCCAAGUGUGCCUCCCUCGAGAAGACCAAGCAGCGGCUCCAGAAUGAAGUGGAGGACCUCAUGAUUGAUGUGGAUAGAACCAACGCAGCCUGUGCAGCUCUGGACAAAAAACAAAGGAACUUUGACAAGAUCCUAUCAGAAUGGAAACAGAAGUAUGAAGAAACUCAAGCUGAACUUGAGGCUUCCCAGAAGGAGUCCCGUUCUCUUAGCACUGAGCUGUUCAAAGUGAAAAAUGCCUAUGAGGAAUCUCUGGACCACCUUGAGACGCUAAAGCGAGAGAAUAAGAACUUACAGCAGGAGAUCUCUGACCUGACCGAGCAAAUUGCUGAGGGUGGAAAGCAUAUUCAUGAACUGGAAAAAAUAAAGAAACAAAUAGAUCAAGAGAAGAGUGAGUUACAGGCUGCACUAGAGGAAGCAGAGGGGUCUCUGGAGCAUGAAGAAGGAAAGAUUCUUCGCAUUCAACUUGAGUUAAAUCAGGUAAAAUCUGAGAUUGAUCGGAAGAUUGCUGAAAAAGAUGAAGAAAUUGAUCAGCUAAAGAGAAACCAUCUUAGAGUGGUGGAGUCCAUGCAAAGCACCCUAGACGCUGAGAUCAGGAGCAGAAAUGAUGCCCUGAGGAUCAAGAAGAAGAUGGAAGGAGAUCUCAACGAGAUGGAGAUCCAGUUGAACCAUGCCAAUCGCCAGGCUGCUGAAGCAAUAAGAAAUCUUAGAAACACACAAGGAAUACUUAAGGACACUCAGCUACAUUUGGAUGAUGCCAUCAGAGGCCAAGAUGACCUUAAAGAACAACUGGCGAUGGUGGAGCGCAGAGCUAAUCUGAUGCAGGCUGAGAUUGAAGAGCUUAGAGCAUCCCUGGAACAGACAGAGAGGAGCAGAAAGGUGGCAGAACAAGAACUGUUGGAUGCUAGUGAACGUGUGCAACUCUUGCACACCCAGAACACCAGCUUGAUCAACACCAAGAAGAAGCUGGAGACAGACAUUUCCCAAAUCCAGGGAGAGAUGGAGGACAUUGUCCAGGAAGCUCGCAAUGCAGAAGAGAAGGCCAAGAAGGCCAUCACUGAUGCGGCCAUGAUGGCUGAGGAGCUGAAGAAGGAACAGGACACCAGCGCCCACCUGGAGCGCAUGAAGAAGAACCUGGAGCAGACGGUGAAGGACCUGCAGCACCGUCUGGAUGAGGCUGAGCAGCUGGCCCUGAAGGGCGGGAAGAAGCAGAUCCAGAAGCUGGAGGCCAGGGUGAGGGAGCUGGAAAAUGAGGUUGAAAAUGAACAAAAGCGCAACGUUGAGGCUGUUAAGGGUCUUCGCAAACAUGAGAGAAGAGUGAAGGAACUUACUUAUCAGACUGAGGAGGACCGUAAAAAUGUUCUCAGGCUACAGGACUUGGUGGAUAAGUUACAAGCCAAAGUUAAAGCUUACAAGAGACAAGCAGAAGAGGCUGAGGAACAAUCCAACGUCAACCUUGCCAAAUUCCGCAAGAUCCAGCACGAGCUGGAGGAAGCCGAGGAGCGGGCUGACAUUGCCGAGUCCCAGGUCAACAAGCUGCGGGUGAAGAGCCGGGAGGUUCACACGAAAAUCAUAAGCGAAGAGUAAUUUAUUACAAUGCUAAAUGGUGACCAAAGAAAUGCACAAAAUGUGAAGUUCUUUGUCACUGUCACAUGUCACUGUAAU